UAACCAAUUUUUUAUAUUAAUUAUUAAUAAUCAUACUCAAAUCAUUUCUCCAAACUUUAUUGUUAAAAGAUUUUUUGUCUCACAUUUGUCUUCUGCAUCUAAUUAAUGUUUAUGUUAAAAAUUUAAUAUUUCACCAGUCAAAACCCCACCAAAUCUAACUCCUUGUUGUUUCUUUUCUUCUUCCUCCAUUCUCACACUAUUUUUUAUUCUAGAGUUUUGUUCUUUCUUCUCAUUAUUAUUGAAUUUUUUGUAUAUGUUUUUGCACAACAAGUCAAAUUUUACAUUUUUUAUUUGCCCUUCUGGCCUUCUGUGGAUCUCACUCGCACUUUCUUCCUCUUCCUCUCUCUCCUCUCUUUAACACUGCUCUGCCAUUUUCUCUUUUUUUUUUCCUUUUCUUUUUCCCCUCAGAAUUUUGAUGCUAAUUUCUCAUUUUUGGGUUAUGGGUAGAUGCUAAUUUGGAUUAAAAGAAUUCUGCUUUUCUUCCAAAAACCAAACAAAUUGAAAGUAGUAAAAAUGACAAUUUCAGUUGAUCAAUGCAGAAGAAGCAAUUGAGAAGAAAAGCUUGGAGAAGAAGGACUAAAUGCUGCAGGAGUUUUGCAUAAUCUGAUGCAGACAAUCUUUGGAUAAAAUUAUCAGAUAUUAAUAUGCCUCAAGACAAAAGAAGAUCAAUAAGUUACAGAUCAUUUGUCACAUGUGAUGAUCCAAAAGGAAUUGAAUGUGGGGCAAUUAGAAAAUCAAAGAUCAAUUCACAUAAAAAGGAGCAAUUUAACAGUAAGAUCGAAAUUGACAAAAACCAGGAAAAUAAUAAUCUAAUCAAUUCACUAGAAAUUAUUAAGGAAGAGAGGGAGAAAAAGGAGAUGGGACUUAGAGGGAUCACAAGAAGGAUAGAAACUGAAAACUUGAAUCAUGUGAUCAGUUCUUGGUCUACUGAAAACAAGUUUCAGGAAAGAAAAAAUGAUAAUAUUGCUAAAGAAUUGUUAAAAGGAGCUCUUGAUCUUCAAGAAUCAUUGGUUAUGCUUGGAAAAUUGCAAGAAGCUUCGAGUUUUAUGUUGGGAUUAUCGCGAAAAGAGAAACAAAAACUCGAGGAUUGCACGUUUGAUGGCAUGGUUAAUGGAGUAAAGGGUUUAAGGAAUGUUGUUAGAGAAAGUAUUGUUAAGCAAAAUGUGAUGAUAGCAAAUCCUGUAUUUGAGGAACAUCAUUAUGAUCAUAGAAAGAUGGUUUCUCCUGAUAUGAUGCCUUCUACUAGUUCGAGUCAAUCCUCGAUGAUUUAUUCGAGUAGUUUUGUUCAUUCCGAUUCUUGUGUCUCGUCACCAGCUGUUUCUGUAAAGAAAAAGGGGAAGGAAUCGAAUUUGAUUGUUAAGCUUAUGGGUUUAGAAUCAUUCCCUUCAAGUCCUAGGAAUUACACGGAUAAAGAGAAAAUUUUGAAAAUGUCGAAGUCUUUGUAUGAUAAUGAUUCACCUAGCGCAAAGAGGGUGCAAUUUGGAGCUCAAGAGAUGAAGCAAAGAAAUGUGGAUGAAAUAUUUGAGAACAUCAAAUUCAAGGGGCUUUUAAGACAUAAACAGGAGUCUGAUAUUUUUGCCUCGGAAAAUGAAAGAACGCCGAUUGUUGUGAUGAAACCUAUGCGCUAUCCCUGCCUAGAUCUCGAUAAGCCAUUUUCGACAAAGACUUGGAAAGAAAUGAGUAUGAAACCGAUAUAUAGUAAUACAUCAGGUCGAGAAAUUGUCAGAAUUGAAGAUGUGUACUUCAGGGAGAAGUAUGAAGUAGCCGGAGGAGUUGGUUGUGAAGAAAAAGGCAAGUCCUUACGAAAGGUUGCAUCUGCUAAGGCAAAUGCUUCUGAAAAUUUGCACUCGAAACCAUUAAAGAAGAAAGCCAAAGUCAAAAAGGCUAGUGAAGGUUGUAACAUGAUCACUUCAACUAGAAGGAACGGUGAGGAGAAAGUAGCGAAGUUAAGUGAUCAGGAAAAGUUCGCCUUGGCAACGAAUAAAAAGAAAAAGGAUGGAAAAUCGACAAUGCAAAAUCAGACUUUGAGUGCACAAAAGACUAAUUCCAUCUCCAUGUCAGAUCACCGCAGGAAACGAAGAACGGUAAAUGAACGAAACAACAGACAACCAGCUUUACUUAUGGAGGAAAACCGGAUGGGUAAAGGUCAAAACAAGAAAACAAAAGCGUUUAAUAAAGAGGAUAUUGAUUUAAUGGAAGAUAGUAAAUCUGUUUCCCCCAUAGUUACUGAUAACAAUGUAAAGAAUCAACCUCAUAUUAAAGAUUUUGAUAUUGGCAGUCGGAUUAAGCUGCUAGAUACUUCGGAAUGCAUUUCAUAUGAUCUUUUGAAUAACAAGAAGAUUAUACAGCAUGGUUACAAUCAGAGGGCUUGUUCUGAAAUUACAUUAUGUUGCAGUGUAGAUCAGCUCGGCGAGACUCAGAGCCCUGUUAAUGAAGUUACCUUAAGUACUACUCAUGAAAAUGGUAUUGCAGUUCAUCAUAAUAUGAAUCGAAAAGGAGUGAAAAACCUCAAAAAUAGCAUUGCAUCACCCAGAAAAACAGAUGAUAAGAAUUUGAUUCAAUGUCACACUCCGAAAACAAAGCUAAAUGCUUUGCUUUUGAGCAACUCAUUGUUCGUGAGCCAUUUCGAGGAGCGUUUCAACGUUCAAGUUUAUCCUCAUUUAUUUCCAAGUGUGAUUGAUAACGAUCAAGAGUUAAGAAGCUCUAGGCUUCUGCUAGAUUGUGCGGACGAAAUCUUGGAACUUAAAAGCGAGCAGCUAUCACUAGCAUGUCUGCCUUUACCACCAAGCUACAUAACAAAUACAGGAAGCUCUCUCAGCUUGGAUCGACUUUUGGAAGACGUAUGGAGCGGAAUUGAUGAUUUGAGAGGCUAUUUAAGGGCGGUGACUGAUGAGCUCCCCUCCGACAAUCUCUAUCUAAUACUAGAUCGAGAUUUGAGGUAUAAGAGCGGAGUAUGGGGAGUCGGUUGGAGGAGUAUGUACACUCAAGAUGAGGUUGAGGUAGUUGUAAGUGAGAUUGAUAGGUUUGUGCUAAACAAGUUGAUUGAGGAGGUUCUUGUAGAUUUGAUGCUUUAGCUCAUCCUAAAUUAUGUUCUUCCCCAUUGUUUUUAUAACCUUCUUGAGAUUCAUUAGAAGCAAGUAAGCAACCAAGGCCGAAUCUAAGAUUUAAAAGGUCCAGGGUGAAACAUUAAUUAUUGGCCUAUAAUUACUAAAUAUGUUAUUUUAGGUCCUUAACUAUAAAAGAAUAUUAGAGCAUUGUUUUUAUUAUGUUUUGGAUGGCCAAGGGCGCAAGUAUAGAGCCGGCCUUGUAAGCAACAUUACAAAUAUGUAAAUAAGCAUCAUAAUACAUAUUGUUGAUAGAAAAAUUGAUAUGCCAAGUUGAAACAACUUUUCCAUGUGAUCACAUUGCUUCAAUAGGGUAAGUUUACCAAAUUACCACCACCUUAAUAGUCAUUGAAUUGUUGU